CAGUCUGUUUUUCUUCUUCCCUGUGCGCAUCAUCAGCCGACAGCAAGGAGAGUGCAGAGCGAGCACUGGGCCGAAUAAUCCCGUUAAACCUGGUGACAACGAGAUAUUACGACUUUGCCAGAAUGAUGAUCUCGAGGCAGCCAGGACCAUCAACGUGCGCUUUUGCGUCUUCAACGAUUUCAGACGACUUCUUGUUGCACUGCGCUCGAACCAGCGUCUGUGGAAGGACGCAAACUUAACCAGAUUGACUCCGGCUGAUUUACAGCAGAAGUCUGUGACGCACUGAGGUGCGGGAAAACCAGAAAAGAAACUGCGCUCGCGCUCUGAAAAUUUGGCGUCUUUUAUAAAGGAGGUAUCAACUUCCGGACCGGUGAGAUUUCAGCCACUGCGGAGCGCAUGAGAAAACAUGGACAAACAGCGAGUCUUUGCUAAUUCGUUACUUGAAGCUUUCGACGUGUCCAUCUGCUGUGCGCGGGAGUUUGUACGGUGAAUUUUGGAGGACAAACGCCCGGUUUUGUGAAAUGCCCGAAAUGUGUGACAUGCGCACGGAGCGACCUGCCGACUCCACUUGGCCCUUGCGCUUUUGGUCGAGACGCACCCAAGGCGAGUUGCACCUGAAUGCAGAAAAUGUGUAACAUGCAAAAUAUCACGUAUUUCUAAUGCGUAUUUGCGUUUGAGGAUUUUUGGGUAACUAUAUGAGCAAUUUUGUAACUUUGCUGAAUCUGCUUUAGAGCCCGACUGUGUUGUUGUUGUUAUUUUUUCCCCGGUUCUUCUUCGGUUUUACGCGGUCAUGCUCCGGCAAAUGCUCUUGAAUUCGACGGCUGCGGCGGCGCGGGAUUUGGACGCUAUAAGCCAGACGCACGCACCGGCGCCUCUGGACGUCUCGCACGCGCCCGUGAGUGUCUCUGCGCUGCUGAAGCCCGCGGGUCGCGGAGGCGCCGGUGGAGACGCACUGCGUGAAGGCGAGCUCAGUAAACCGGACCUGACAACCUACGUGGUCAUGUGCAUAGUGCUCUUCCUCCUCGUGCUGCUAAUUGUCAUCUUUAUCAACUGCCAGCUGCGCAACUCGUUCUUCGCCUCUACGCCGUAUGACCGUUCACUGCGCGAGGCCCGAACGUCAUAUAAAUGAAUCCCGGCCGCGCGCUCGUGUAAUGUUCACAUGCCCUGUGACGGAAAGCGGGCCUUGCGCUUCAAUCCUCGGAACGUGAGGAUUAACCUGACCGUAUGGAGGAAUUAUUCCCGACGUUGGUCUUAUCAAAAUGUUUCCCUCCUCAGACCCUGAACAGUUUGAAGAUGAAGGCGCAAACUGUAAUAUCAGUGCGUUUCUGUCCAUGAACUUUAUCUCAUGUCGUGUGUACUGCAGUGUAUUGCAGGUUAUUUUCUUGCAUGAAUUAAAGCUCUAAUUAAAUCUUAUGUGUACAAUCAGCUGCGUUCAUUAAAGGCUCUGAUUGUAGAAUAAA